AUGGCUAUGGCGGUCUUUGGCUUGCUAGCAGUCGUGUCGUUGUCGUUGUCGUUGUCCAUCUUUCUUCCGCUGGUCGCCGUCGCCAAUUUCGCCGUGAAUUGCGACGCCGGGAGCGACCUCCGCUUGGUUGCUGCGACGGUGAGCGCCCUCGUCGAAGAUUUGAAAGUCAAGAUCCCGCAAACGCGUGCCGCAACUGCUUGUCUACUGCCGGCGACGCCCUGA